AUUGGUUCCAUAUCGCUUUCCCUUUGCUCAGGCACUCGGGGGAGGAGGUGUUUGCAUUUCUCCGCAGGACCAGCUCGCUUUGCAGAGCAUUGUCUGGCCAUGGCAAAUUCCUUCACGGCCAGGAGCUGGCCCAUCCCCUGAGCAAAGGCAGCCUGGACAUGACCGGCAGGCGAGGGAGGAGGAAUUUGGAUUCCCUUCGGAGGCGCCGACCCCUCCUGCGGCCGGGGUGAGCGCGGCCGCUCGGAGCCAGCGGGGCUGGACCGCUCCCCGCGGCCACUGUCCCCCCGCGGGGAUGCGGCAUCGCCAGCGCCGGGACGGAGCCCUGCUGCAAUGAGAUCUUGAUGUGAAGACCUCAAAAUAUCAGCAGAGCCUGUGCUUCAGCCCUAAUCUCAGUGUUAAUGAACAAAACUUGUCCAAAAUUUGGAGAGAAGAUGGCCAUCAACUGGAAGAUCUGCUUCUUCAGCCUCGUAUUGCUUCCUGUGGUUGCAGCAACCCAUUCCAACUGCAUCAUUAAAAAGGAGCAAGAGACUUGUCUGGAGAAGAUCCGGAGGGCGACGGCCCUGAACCCUCUCAAUGACUCUUCUCCAGGUUGCCCAGGAAUGUGGGACAAUAUCACAUGCUGGAAACCUGCAAGUGUGGGAGAAAUUGUCUUUGUCAAGUGUCCUGCACUCUUCAGAUUUAUCAUCUCUGAAGAUGGUUGGGAAGUGGAUAAUUUGGGGCAAACCCAUGCAGGUGAUUAUGACCUGCUGGAAAGCACAGCCCAGUCUCUCCUAGGGGACAUCAGCAGGAAUUGCACUGAGGAUGGCUGGUCUGAACCUUUCCCUCAUUAUUACGAUGCCUGCGGCUUCGAUGAGAACGAAACAGAGUCUGAUAACCAGGAUUACUACUAUCUCUCAGUGAAGGCUCUGUACACGGUGGGAUACAGCACUUCCCUGGUUUCCCUCACCACUGCCAUGGUCAUCCUGUGUCGCUUCAGGAAGCUUCACUGCACCCGGAAUUUCAUCCACAUGAACCUUUUUGUUUCAUUCAUCCUGCGUGCAAUAUCUGUGUUCAUCAAGGACGGGGUUCUCUAUGCUGAGCAGGAUGGAAACCACUGCUUCAUCUCCACGGUGGAAUGCAAAGCAGUGAUGGUGUUUUUUCACUACUGUGUCAUGUCCAACUACUUCUGGCUCUUCAUCGAGGGGCUGUACCUCUUCACUUUGCUGGUGGAGACUUUCUUCCCAGAGAGGAGAUAUUUCUACUGGUACACAAUCAUUGGCUGGGGUACCCCAACAAUUUGUGUCACUGUCUGGGCAGUGCUGAGGCUCCACUUCGAUGACACUGGCUGCUGGGACAUGAAUGACAACACUGCCUUGUGGUGGGUGAUCAAGGGCCCCGUGGUUGGGUCAAUCAUGAUAAACUUUGUGCUUUUUAUUGGCAUAAUUGUGAUACUUGUGCAGAAACUGCAGUCACCUGACAUCGGGGGCAAUGAGUCCAGCAUUUACUUGAGACUGGCUCGCUCCACCCUGCUGCUGAUCCCUUUGUUUGGAAUUCACUACACAGUGUUUGCCUUUUCUCCUGAGAACGUCAGUAAGAGGGAGAGGCUGGUGUUUGAACUGGGACUGGGAUCCUUCCAGGGUUUUGUUGUUGCUGUUCUCUACUGCUUCUUGAAUGGGGAGUUUCUCCCUAAAGGUGCAAUCAGAAAUAAAGAGAAAAUGGAGGAGCUGGAAAGUCAACCGGUAUUUUGCUGUGGAUUUCAAACAUCGCCAUCCUUCUCUAGCGAGCAGCGGAGUGAACGGGGGGACACAACUCUCCAUUCUGAGCAAGAGCAGCUCUCAGAUUCGGAUGUCCAGCAUAAAUGCAGAGAACCUGGCGACAUGAGCAGCUGAGGAGAGCAGAGCAACCAACGAGCAAACCAAAAACCAUCCCUUGAAAAAGAAAAAAAUGAAAUAAUAGUUUUGGUGGUGGUGCAGGUCUCGCUUCCUUCCCUUUCCCCUUUCCAU